UCGGCUGCGAGGAAGGAGGCGAGGGUUUAUUCCACAGUGCUCUGAGGCAGGGCAGGUUUUAAGCGCAGGGACCAGUGUGCGCAUUUUGUGUAUGCGGCUGCGGGGGGAAGAUGCGUGUGCUUGUUGCUCGCCGGACGGAGAGGGGCGGAGAAGACAGAAUGAGUUAUCAGCGCAGCUAACGAUCAACUCCACGCGCUUUUUAAUCCAAGAAGAGAAAUAAUCCAACUUUUACGCAUUUUUCCCGCAGACAUACCUGCCCUUAUGUUCUCGGUCCCUUCCCUUGCAUAGACUUCUAAUUCAUUCAUUUGAAAUUGAAUAAUUGUUUUCCAAUUUUGUAACGGUUUUUUUUCUUGGUUGGUUUUGUUCUUUGAACUGUCUAACCGUGGAGUUGCUUGCGCGCGGAGGCAGUUUGUCCUAUGCGUCCCCGGCCUCUGACUCAGCAGCAGCGGCACAGCUCACCUGGACCGGAGCGCACCGAGCCGAGCUCCCCUAUGUUCCACGCAGAGCAGCGCUCCGACACGGGGAGACGGCUGCACUGAGGCCCCGCGCGGCGCGGUGCGGUCAGUCCAAAACACACGGGGAGGCACGCGGUCUGUGGAUCAUACACCAUCUUCCGCCGUGGCCGAAGACAAUCAGCGGCAGAAGAAAAAAAGCGCAAACCUCCUCCUCUCCAUCUUCUUCCCAACGUGAAGGAUUGAGAGAAAGAGAGAGCGAGAGGAAAGGAGAGAGAGAGAGAGAGACAGAGAGAGAGGGAGACAUAGAGGGAGAGAGAGAUUUGCAAGCUCCCUUUUCUUUCACUGAAAUUGACUUGUUGAAGAAAUAAAAGGAAGAAAUAAGAAGAAGGAGGGCAGGGAGAGAGAGAAGAAAAGCAUAAGCUUGGAUAUUGAACGGAGCGGGGCAUGUGGAUAUUGGCUCUUAUCUUUUCCCAGUGCAUCUUGAAUGUUUUCUGUGAAGAUCUACGUUCCAGCUUAUAUUUUGUCGAUGCAUCUGUGCAAGAGGUAGUGUUUGCCAGCACCACAGGGACAUCGGUGCCCUGUCCCGCCUCAGGCGUGCCCCCUAUCUCACUGCGCUGGUACCUGGCCACCAGCGAGGAGAUCUAUGAUGUGCCAGGGAUCCGCCAUGUACACUCCAAUGGCACCCUUCAGAUCUUCCACAUCCCCCCUUCCAGCUUUAGCAAACUCAUCCACGACAACAGCUACUAUUGCACAGCAGAGAACCUCUCAGGGAGAAUCAGGAGCCAAGAUGUCCACAUUAAGGCCGUCCUACGAGAGCCCUACACAGUCCGGGUGGAGGACCAGAAGGCCAUGAGAGGAAAUGUGGCGGUAUUCAAGUGCAUUAUCCCUGCCUCAGUGGAGGCCUACAUCACUGUUGUGUCCUGGGAGAAAGACACAAUGUCAAUCAAUGCGGAAAUGUCACGGUUUCUCAUCACAUCCACGGGAGCCCUGUAUAUCCUGGAUGUGCAAAUGGAGGACGGGCUGUAUAACUACAGAUGUAUGACACGCCACCGGUACACCGGAGAGACCCGACAGAGCAAUAGUGCCCGCCUUAUUGUCUCAGACCCUGCUAACUCAGCGCCACACAUCCUGGACAGCUUUGAGCGGCGCGAGGUGAUGGCGUCUCAUCGAGUGGAGUUGCCCUGCAAGGCCUCCGGUCACCCCGCACCAAAAUACCGCUGGCUAAAGGACAACCGGCCGCUGGAGCCCGACACACGCUUCAGACAGAGUGUGACAGGCCUGUUGAUUGAGAGAGCGCAGCCCAGCGACACAGGGACAUACGUAUGUGAGGUGUGGAAUGGAUACGGCAAUGCUGAGGUGAUCGGCAGGCUGCUGGUAAAAGAGGCCCUGAAGGUCGUGGUGAGCCCUCGGAAGGUGAAGGGCAGCGUGGGGAGCCAGGUUUCGUUGUCGUGCAGUGUGACCGGCUCCGAAGAGUACCAGUUGUCCUGGUACCGCAACGGAGAGCUCAUUUACCCCAGCAACAGCGUUCGCAUGACGGGCCAAAACAGGGAGAACCUCGUUAUGGCGGGAAUGGCCAAGAGCGAUGGAGGAGCCUAUCAGUGUUUUGCCAGACACGGCAAGAUGUCCGCCCAGGAUUUUGUUCAAGUCAUACUGGAAGAUGGCACGCCCAAAAUUCUGGCUUCAUUCAGCGAGAAGGUCUACAACAUCAAUGAGUUUGUGUCACUGUCGUGUAUGGUGAAGGGCACUCCGGAGCCCCGGGUCACGUGGACCCUGGACGACGAGCCUGUCGUCAGGGACAGUCGCCAUCGCAUCUCCCACUACGCCAACGCCGAGGGCCACAUGGUCAGCCACCUCAACAUCAGCCAGACCCAGGUUCCCGACGGAGGGGUGUACCGCUGCAUCUGCAACAACUCGGCUGGGACAGUUUCCUACCAGGCGCGAAUAAACGUAAGAGGGCCUGCCAGCAUCAGACCAAUGAAAAACCUCACUGCCAUCGCUGGGCGGGACAUGUACAUUCACUGCCGCGUCAUUGGCUACCCGUACUACUCCAUUAAGUGGUACAAAGACUCCAAUUUGCUGCCAUACAACCACCGCCAGCGGGCCUUUGAGAACAACGGCACCCUGAAGCUGUUUGACGUGCAGAAGGACGUGGAUGAAGGCGAAUACAUGUGCAACGUGCUAGUGCAGCCCCAGCUCUCCACGCACCAGAGCGUCUAUGUUACUGUGAAAGUUCCACCCACCAUCCACCCAUUUGAGUUCCCUCGGUUUUCCAUCGGCCAGCGAGUCUUCAUCCCCUGCGUGGUGAUGUCGGGCGACCAACCUGUCUUCAUCACAUGGCAGAAGGAUGGUCGGCCCAUUCCGGCCAGCCUGGGUGUCACUAUUGACAACAUCGACUUCACCAGCUCCCUUCGCGUCUCCAACCUCACACUGAUGCACAACGGCAACUACACCUGCAUUGCACGCAACCAGGCUGCCGCCGUGGAGCACCAGAGUCAGCUCAUCGUCCGAGUUCCUCCCAAAUUUGUGGUGCAACCAAAGGACCAGGACGGUAUAUAUGGAAAGGCAGUGAUACUGAACUGCUCAGCUGAAGGCUAUCCUGUUCCUACCAUCCAGUGGGAGUACUCUAAAGGUGCCGGGGUCCCUCAGUUCAGACCCAUCAUCCUCAACUCAGGCUUUCGGAUCGAGGUGCUGAUCAACGGCUCGCUGUUCAUCAAGCACGUGCUGGAAGAAGACAGUGGCUUCUACCUGUGUAGAGUCAGCAACGACGUUGGAGCUGAUGUCAGCAAGUCCAUGUAUCUCAAUGUCAAAAUUCCUGCCAUGAUCACAUCCUACCCCAACACCACUCUGGCCACGCAAGGGGAAGAGAAGAAGAUGAGCUGCACGGCCCACGGUGAGAAGCCCAUCAUGGUGCGCUGGGAGAAGGAGGAACGCAUUAUUAACCCCGAGACCAGCCGCUACGUGGUUUCUGUCAAGGAGGUGGGCGACGAAGUCAUCUCCACCCUGCAGAUCAUGCCCACAGUUAGGGAGGACUCUGGCUUCUUCUCUUGCCACGCCAUCAACUCCUUUGGCGAAGACAGAGGAAUCAUCCAGCUCACAGUACAAGAGCCCCCUGAUCCACCAGAGGUGGAGAUCAGGGAAGUAAAGGACAGGACCAUUGCACUGCGUUGGACUAUGGGCUUUGAUGGCAACAGCCCAAUCACAGGCUUCGAUAUUGAAAGCAAGAACAAAUCAGCCUCCUGGGAUACUGCUCAAAAGACCAAAGAUGUGUCACCUCAGCUCAACCAGGCCACCAUCAUAGACCUCCACCCCUCCUCCACUUACAACAUCCGCAUGUUUGCAAAGAACCUAAUCGGCAAGAGCGAGGCCAGCAACGAGCUCACCAUCACCACAGACGAAGCAGCUCCCGAUGGACCGCCUCAGGAAGUGCAGCUGGAGGCCCUCUCCUCUCAGAGCAUCCGAGUCUCCUGGCGGGCGCCUAAGAAGCACCUCCAGAACGGAGCCAUCCGAGGCUACCAGGUGGGCUACAGGGAGUACAGCUCUGGGGGAAACUACCAGUUCAGUGUGAUCAGCGUGGAGACCACAGGGGACAAUGCAGAGAGCCUGGUGCUUGACAACCUGAAGAAGUUCACCCAGUAUGGAGUUGUGGUGCAAGCCAGCAACAGUGCAGGGACUGGGCCCUCCUCCACGGAGGUGGCUGCCACCACGCUGGAAGACGUGCCCAGUCGUCCUCCAGAGAACGUCCAGGCCACUGCAACGUCUCCAGAGGUCAUCUCUCUGUCCUGGCUGACCCCUCACAAAGACGCUCUCAAUGGCAACCUGCUGGGCUUCAGAGUCAUCUACUGGGCCAACCUGCCUGAUGGAGAGCUUGGAGAAAUCAGGAAUGUUACAACUUCUAAGCCCUCUCUGGAGUUGGACGGACUGGAGAAGUAUACCAACUACAGCAUCCAGGUUCUGACCUUCACGAGAGCUGGAGACGGCGUUCGCAGUGAACAGAUCUACACCCGCACCAAAGAAGACGUUCCUGGGCCUCCGGCAGGUGUGAAGGCAGCUACAGCUUCAAACUCAGUGGUGUUUGUGUCCUGGCUCCCUCCUCUCAAAGUGAACGGCAUCAUCAGGAAAUACACCGUGUUCUGUUCCAACCCACACCCCACGGUGAGCAGUGAGUUUGAGGCAGCCCCAGACGUGUUCUUCUACCGUAUCCCCAACCUGAGCAGGAACCGUCAGUACAGCAUCUGGGUGGUGGCCGUUACCGCCGCCGGCCGUGGAAAUGCCAGUGAAAUCAUCACGGUCAAACCCAUGGCUGAGGCUCCGGCUCGGAUCCUGACCUUCAACAGGACUGUAACGACCCCUUGGAUGAGGGACAUUGUGCUGCCUUGUAAAGCAGUGGGGGAUCCAUCGCCAACCAUCAAGUGGCUAAAGGAGAUCAAUGGAACCCCCGCACCUGUUGUGAUUGACAGCCGACGUAGCGCCCAUGGCAACGGCAGCCUUGUUAUUCGUACGGUAAAAGCUGAGGAUUCUGGGAACUACACUUGUGUGGGCAGCAACAGCUUUGGGUCGGACAAGAUCGUCCUGAACCUGCAGGUCCAAGUUCCACCUGACCAGCCUCGCCUCACAGUGACUAAGACAACCACCACUUCAAUAACCCUUUCCUGGAUCCCUGGAGACAACGGAGGCAGCUCCAUAAGAGGAUACAUUUUGCAGUACUCGGAGGACAACAGCGAGCAGUGGGGCAACUUCGGCAUCAGUCCCAGUGAGCGGUCCUAUCGACUGGAGAACCUCAAGUGUGGCACCUGGUACAAGUUCACACUCACGGCCCACAAUGCAGUGGGGCCGGGACGCAUCAGUGAGAUCAUUGAGGCAAAGACUCAUGGGAAAGAGCCCCAGUACUCAAAAGAACAGGAGCUGUUCACCACCAUCAACGCCACCCGGGUCAAGCUCAACCUUAACGGCUGGAAUAACGGCGGCUGCCCCAUCACCUCCUUCACCUUGGAGUAUCGGGCCGUUGAGGUGCCUACGUGGACCACGGCACAGCGCACCUCCCUCACCAAGAGCUACAUCCUGUACGACCUGCAGGAGGCCACCUGGUACGAGCUGCAGAUGAAAGUCUACAACAGCGCCGGAUACGCCGAGAAGAGAGUGAAGUUCGCGACACUCAGUUACGACGGCAGUACCAUCGCACCACUGGUGAAGGCGCCCAACGUGAGCGAGGACCACUCCGGGGGGGGCGAGGGUUUGAAGAUGAUGGUGACCAUUUCCUGUGUGUUGGUGGGCAUUGUCGUCAUCUUCAUCGGGCUGCUGGUGCUCAGGAGGAGGAGGAGGGAGCAGAGGCUCAAGAGGCUACGGGAUGCAAAAAGUUUGGCUGAGAUGCUCAUGAGUAAAAACACACGUCCAGCAGAGCCGAUUAACAAGCAGCAACAGACACUCCGAAUGCACAUCGACAUCCCCAGAGCCCAGCUCCUGAUCGAGGAGAGAGACACCAUGGAAACUGUUGACGACAGGUCCACCGUGUUACUGACUGAUAACGACUUCGGGGAGACCCAGAAACAGAAGUCGUCCACAGUCACCCACACAGUCCACUACCAGUCCCUGUCCCAGGCCACAGGUCCCCUGGUGGAUGUGUCCGAUGCCAGACCAGGAACCAGUAAGUCCAACCCUACCGCUCGCCGCACAGCCAAAGCCGGACCAGCUGCUCGAAACCGCUACGCCAGCCAGUGGACCCUGAACCGCCCACAUCCCCCCGUUUCCUCCCACACUCUCAGCACUGAUUGGAGGCUGCCCACCCCCAGAGUCGCAGGCUCCGUCGACAAGGAAAGCGACAGCUACAGCGUCAGCCCAUCUCAGGACACAGAUCGAGCACGGAGCAGCAUGGUGUCCACAGAGAGUGCGUCCUCCACCUACGAGGAGCUCGCCAGAGCCUACGAGCACGCCAAGAUGGAGGAGCAGCUGCGCCACGCCAAGUUCACCAUCACAGAGUGCUUCAUCUCUGACACUUCCUCAGAGCAGAUGACGGCAGGCACCAACGACUACACGGACAGCCUGACCUCCAGCACGCCGUCCGAAUCGGGCAUCUGCCGUUUCACUGCUUCCCCGCCCAAGCCUCAGGACGUCAGCCGAGUCAUGAACAUGGCCGUGCCCAAAGCCCACAGACCGGGGGGCGAGUUGGUUCACCUUCCUCCGUACCUGCGCAUGGACUUCCUGUUAAACCGAGGCAUGACCUGCUCUGGGUCAUCCAGGGGGACAGCUAGCGGGGAGAGAGCGGCCAUGGGUCAGGCCUGCCUGGAGCCCCAGAAGAGUCGCUCGCUGAAGCGACCCUCGCGCAUGGCGCCCCCGACACCCACAGAGGCCCCUCAGGCCAACAGGGACCAAGCGGCCCAGUGGCAGCCCGGCUCCGCAGCCACACUCCCCCACAGAGAGGGCUCGGAGCUAGCCCAGGCCGCCAAGCUCAGCACCUCCCAGGAGUCCCUGCUGGACUCUCGAGGACAUCUCAAACCAGGCAGCAACCCCUACGCAAAGUCUUACACGCUGGUAUAACAGCAGGGGCACCUGGGGCGGGACUCGAACUCACUCUAACACUGGACUUAACACUCAAGUGCAGUAAACUGACUUUCACCACGCAGUUCUGUAUAUAUAUCCCCCCCCCCCAAUGCCCCUCUCUCUCUCUCCAAGGGCGGGGUCACUUUUACUAAUCUCUUUUUAUUUAUUUUAGAGUAUUCUUUUAUCUCUUGUUUGUGUUUUUUUCUUUUCUUUGGUUUGGUUUCUUUCUGUUUCACUUGAGAAAAAAUUCACUCAUCGGGAAACAACUCUAGCUGGAGUUGUGCCAAACUAAUUGAGUAACGAGGGAGCGUUAUUUAUCCUUGAUUAUUCUUCAUUAUUUUCUUAAUCAGUGAUUAUUAAUUUGUUAAUUGUUAGCUAUUAAUGAUCAUAAUUAUUGAUUACCAAAUUAUCUAUUAUCAUCAUUACAACAAUGUUUUCAUAAGAACCCAGACAUGCUUUUUUUCUGGAGUGGAAGAUGACGAUUUGGAGUCAUUUUUUUCCUAUGGAAUAUCCUUCUGAAACAAUGAAUGAAACUCGGGAGAAAUCUUGGAAUGAAAGCAAUUGACACCAGUCCAAACUUUUCAGCUGCUCUCAAAUUGUUACUUUUUUGAAGAAAAAAAAAAUCUAUUUCCUAUGGAUGCAUGGGGACUGACCAAUUAAAAGACAAUGUGGAUUACGAUCGAGGCUGGACAGCCCAGUCGAGCAUUUUGUCACACUGAAAUGAUCCAAUGUGAAGAUUUAUUAUUCUUAUUACUAUAAAUAUAUAUAUAAAAAGAUAAAUCACUUUUAUUUGUGGAUAUUACAGGGAAGAAUUGGUUUGGUUAAUAAAGUCCUUAGUCAUGUUUGCACAUAUCUCGUUUUAAUUAGGAAAUGGAGUCUCUGUUGAUCUUUCUCUGUGUCCCAUUCUCUGAUGGUGCAAUAUGAAAAAAAGAUAUGAAAAGUAUAUGAAAACUAUUGCUCUAUACUGUACUGUAAUGAUGAAAAAUAACUAUGUUGUGAGUAUACUUACAGGGCCGGUCACACUCCAGCUAUGUAUUCAGGUGUAGUUUGCCACUGCUUGUUUGCUAGGGUGGUAAAUGAUGUUAGCUAGAAUAGGGAGGGUUUAGAGAACUAAUGGUUUGCACUUCACAACACCCCAACUCAAGUGUGUCCAGAUAGAUCCCCUUACUCUCAGUGCACUAGGUAGAGUCUUCAGGGCUCUCACUCUCCUCAGUAGAUUUACUGUUGCUGCUUUGCAGUGAUGCUCCUCUACAGGGAAAAAAAAAUCGUGAGACAAUCCAGCAGAAUUCCCCCUUCAAACCAAACCUAUAAUAUCUAUGGGAAAUAUCAAAAAAAAUGUGGAUAUACGUAAGAAGCUGUUUUUUUUGUUCCUGUCUACCCUGGCCCAUUUCUGUUCUUUCUGUUUCUUCGAGUUAGCCUGAAGGGAGAAGAGUUUGAUCCAAAAUGCUGUGAGGUCAUUAUGUCAGUUUCUAUGAUUAGUUUCUAUAAUUAAUUGUCUUCAUUAUGAUUAUACAUUUUAACAAAAAACAAAAAAAAGAUGUCACUUUUUAUUUUUAACAUGAGUGUUCACCAUGGUGGCACUGGAAUAAAGAGAAACUAACACAAAAGUUCAAAUUUGAUUAAUAAAAUGGCUGUUCCCCAAAGUGUCCUCCCCGGGUUUGACAUGAGUGACUGAUGGUGGUGUGGAGGCAGAGCGGGGGGUGCACGCUCUGCCCUCCGCCCUCUAAACCUUUACCCUGCUAUUAUUUUAACAUCGGUGACACUGCCUUAAUAUCACUGAUGAGAGGUCUCUAAGGCUGUGAUUAUGAAGCUCCCGUGCCUGCAGGUUUCACUAUUGCAAGUGCAACCUUUGGGACAUAACAGCAGCCUGACAUAUUUAGUCUGUGUAAAGUGAAGAAAUUGAAAGAAAAGUGUAUUUCUGGGUAAUUUUGUUUGGUGAGGAUUUUCUUUUCUCCCCAGAUUUUUGGGAUAAGCUUCAGCCUUCUGAACACAGAAGAAGCAAGUGAGGAAAAUGAAUGAAUGACCAAGUUUGGAAAAAAUGAGACAUCAGUUUUCCAAUUGACUAGGCCUUGAAGGACCAGAAUGCAAUGCAGGUGGAGACCUUUCUAAAUCUAUAACCCCUUAAAGUAGUUGGGCACCAACAUUUUUGUCAUAACUGACACAGACAAAAGAAAUGUAGGAAAUCACAGGAUUAAGCUGAGAAUUAAAACCCAUAAAUGUCCAAGGGUAAAACUCUCCUUUCACAAAGCUUGUUCAUUUAACUGUUGUCACUGCUUCAACGAAUGAAUCUAGUAUGUUGAGGGUUUACUAAAUCUCUAAAUCUUACCAAUGACGUAGCAGAAUCAGAAUCAGUUUCAGAAUAAUUUAUUGCCACAUAUGUUAAGCAUAUAGAAAUUCUUCUUGGUGAUUGGUGCGAUAUUAGAAUAAAAUAAGUACAAGAGUAUAGAGCGUGCAGUCAUAUCAUUGUGUAGCUUUAUAAAGAAUUUGAACUUAUACACAUGGAUGUACGGGUAGGGCAGGGACCUGCGGCCUGCUGAGAAGAUCAUGAAAAGUGAAAAACAUAUGAUGAACUACACUAUAUAAAUGUCCUUUCUGUAUGAUUCUAAGCAUUUCCAGAAUUUGUAUUAUCCAAAAAGAUGAAUUUCAGAUUGGUUGGGUUUUUGCUUUCCAUGUAGUUUGCACUGCGGAGGAUGGAGAAAAUCAGAUUUGUAUCGCACCCCAGUGUAAAGAAUACUGAUAUGAAAUAUGAAAAACCACCUCUAUUCAAUGUGCGAGCUGCCUCAUCAGCCACAAACCUCAAUGCACGUCACCAGGCUACACCGCUGAGGUGAUUUUAUCAGUUCACAAGGUAAAGGUAUAUACAUAAGAGAGUUAUUAUGAUAUAUGUAGGACAUACAUGUAUGUAAAACUAGAAUAAAUCUAUAACUGCAAUUUAUUUUAUUAUUGAGGUUUUAAAAGUUCUUUUAUAUAAUAUAUAAAAGAACAGAAUACAUUGAAAAUUCUACAUGCUACAGAUACUUCUGUCAUUUAAAAUGAAUCCCAUAAUGCUGUGCUUGUCGUUUAGCUCAUUGCCAUUAAUUCAAUGGCAAACUCAAUAAAAAAAACACUGUCACUUGUUCUGUUAGCUACCUUCAGCAAACUAACAUCAUUAGAAACACUAAAUGUGGGUUGUUAUUCAAUGUAGCUUUUGCUUCACUUUUACAUACUUGAAAUCAUGAGCUACGUCUACAUCAUUCUCAUAUCAAUAAUAAAAGUAAUACAGCAGUAGAUACACACUCAUAAAUAAAUAAUAAUAAAUUGAGCUAAACAUUUCAACCCCAUCUGUGCAUCUUGGUUCUGUUCAUUUAGAAAAAUAUGUAAUUUAAACAGACGCUGCCUCUUAAAGUCUGAGCUCAAAACCAGAACCCAGCUAAUAGUUAUUGUCUUUGGUGUUGGGGCAGGAGGACAACGGCUGAAAAGUCAACUCAAAACUCAUAUAAAUGUAAGACUGUGCUUAAGAAGCUUGACACAAAUCCUUGUUUACGACUAUGGUCAGUAUAUCUGAUUUUUUUAAAUGUAUUUUUUUUACUUCACAUUUUAGUGUGAUUCCCGCGGGCCAUACAGUUAGGCAGUUUGGCCAAUUGUGUGUGCACAUCGCCACCUACUGGACCUCAGUAUAUAUUACAGGAUCUAGUUUAUUUGAGUCUGCUAUAUAUUUCAAUACUGACUAUCAGAGCACAAUGCAUUCUAUAAAAGUGUACCAUUGUUGUAUUGUUGUCAGCCAUGUUUAAUGUCCUGACAGGCUAACUUUUUUUGUCACACAUCUGUAGAUAUGGACCCUCAAUGGUUGACAUUUGGGAAGAAAAAUAUAGGUUAUGCAUUCCCACUAAGACAUCUUUCUUGUGCUGAAACUCAGAGGUCAAAGUGUUUACCAUAAAUAGCAGCUGUGUUAGGAUUGCUGUGUGUGACUGUUGUACAUACUACCACAUACUUUAAAUAAAUAAAUUCAGGCAUCUUUCGCUUCUGACGUAAUGUAAACGUUGCGCAUCUCUGACCCCAUUAUUUGACAAAAUCAUUUUUAAUACUAUUUAUUAUUUUCUAAUACAUUAGUUGGUUAAUUAAGUACUAUUAGUAACUAUGACGCUGGUUAUCAUCAUCAAUUAUCAUCCAAAUUAAGAAAAUGUGUUAUAUUUUAAAGCUUCUAGUGAGGUUUUCAAUUGUAGCCUUUUUUGGUGUUUUGAUUCAUGAUGUCAUCACACAAGGAAUAAGAUGAGUAUGUCAUUCCCCACUUAUGGAUGUUUGCCCAACUAUUGCCCAGUCUCUCCUCUCUGGCUGACUGAUCGGGGGUCCAUGUUCUCCUCAACCAAUCACCUUUAUUGUCUUAUAUCAUACCAUUGCUAUUUCAGCAGGGCCACAGUCCGUACGACAGUGGACACCUGAGACACUGUUUUUCCGGUAGAGUCUUUAUUUUAAUUUUUUUAGGAGCUAUGUUUUGCUUUUUUACAACAACUUUACAGCUUUCUCUGUGAUAAGCUUCUCUACAAAAGAGACGUGACAGCAUGCUGAUUCUUGGUUCUGACUCACUGACAAAUGGAGGCACAUGUGGAGUUUUGCAUGUGAACUAGUACUGAACUCGGUAUGUUAUUAGAGCAGGAGACAUCUAAUACUUUUUGUAAAUGUAUGUUAGGUGUGAAUGUCUUUUUUUCUGUCGAAUGAAUAAAAGAACAUGGAGCAAAUAUUUGGUUACAAUUAGAUCAACUAUAGGGCUGUCAAAAUUACAGCGUUGAUCUAUUCUGACUACAUGUUGCGAGAUUAUUCAGGAAUCAAGAAUCAGGAAACAUUUAUUACCAAAAUAUGUCAGACAAGGAAUUUGACUUGGCGUUUGGCGCAAUAACAGCAGACAGUAUGACAAUGGACUUGUUUUCAAUUCUAUUAAAAUACAAUUACACAACAGUGUCUUAAAUACAAGCUUUCUAAAGUGAUUACUCAUUACUUGUAAGAUUUAGUCUGAUUCGCAAAAGUCUGAAGUGAAAUGAUUAAAUGUCCAGAUUAACAGAUAUUUUUAACAGAUUUUCUCAUCAGGUGUGUGUGCGGACACUUAUAUUACUUGUGCAGAUGUUAUGUUUAUCCAGAUGCUUUGUGUGAUUUUCUAUGA